AUGGACCGCAUUAAGGAGAAAAUGAACCAGCUCCGCCUGGAGGCUGAUGAGGCCACGGGCAAGGUCGAAGAGCUCCAGAGCAAGGUCAAGGUGCUGGAGCAGGAGAACCUUUCCAAGGAGCAGGAGAUCACCUCGUUGCAGCACAAGAACAACCUCCUCGAGACCGAGGUUGAGAAGCUUGAGACUGCCAUCAAGGACUUCAAGAAGGCCGCCGAUGAGGGCCAGCAGCACGGCACCCAGAACGAGACCCUCUCCCGGAGGCUGCAGCUGCUCGAGGAGGAGGCCGAGGAGGCCGACAAGACCCUUCGUGAGGCCAACGAGAAGUACGUCACUCAUCCACGCAAACCACCUGCUUUCGCCCAGCACAUUGCCAAGCUCCGACAGACUGACGUCAAGGCCGGCCAUUUCGAGCGUAAAGUGCAAGCCCUCGAGGCCGAACGCGACCAGUGGGAGUCAAAGUACGAGGAGAUGGCCAAGAAGCACAGCCAGCUCCAGGGCGAGCUCGAUGCACUACAACUCGAGAUCGGCAACAUCUGA